CACUUGUAUUCCCAUGUAUACAUAAAUAAAGUUCUCUGGUCAUUUAAAUUCGAACGAAAUAGAUUGUUGUUUUAUGUGAAUAAAGCCAUUUUCAACAACAUUAUAGAACAAAAUCAUAAACAAUGUGCAAUAAAAUGUAUUUACAAAUCGUGUUUGUGAUAAAUUUCAUUCAUAAUAUCAAUGAUGUACUUUCUGCCAGUUCGAGUCUUACAGCGGGUGGCCAUUGUCGUGACUACAAUGGCAAGCUGUAUGAGACAGGCAUGCAUUAUAUGCCCGGUCCAGACUCUUGCCGUUUGUGCAUUUGUGACAGUGGCCUUCCAAAAGCCUGUAAAAUGGUUUUGUGUGAAGCCUUCACAAAAUGUAAGUCCUUUCAAACGGUGGGUUCUGGCAAUAACUGCUGUGAGGUAAUAUGCCUGGACGAUCAGCUAGCGGAUGGGAGUACGGAUUUUGGCGUUUGACUAAUCGUUAGUGGCAUCACAGCCACGCUAUCACUUUCCAUGAUUUUUUUCCUCAUAAAUCGCUUUAGACGUAAAAAAUUGAGGGCACGCGAAAAUCGCCAAACAGCUGAAGAUCAAAGGAGUAUUGUGGGAAGUAUUGGUUAUAUUGCUGGCAAUAUGGGCUAUAUGGAGGGUAAUUUAAGCAGCAUGGAUUACACAUAUGGAGGCGCUGCUCACUACCCCUUGUGGAAACCACCCAGUGGCUAUUUUCCGCGAGGUGAGGCGCCACCGCCUUAUGAUGAGGCGGUUGCCAUCUCACAGGCCGAAGCAUUGAGUGCACAAUGUGCAGCUGCUGCAGCAGUGGCCCAGGUGGCUGCCAACCAGCGUGCCACCAUGGGCAUGAAUUCGGUGGAGCUACAAACCGACAUGAAUCGCCGUGCCCAGGUGCAGCAAAUGCAACAAAUACAACAUCACCAGCAACCGCAGUUGUCGCAUCAGAGUACACACGUUGUGCCCACCACAUUGCAGACGCAUGUGUUGUCCGCGCCAGCACCUCAAGCGCAGGCCCAGACAAAUUCUCAGUCGCAUCAGAUUACCCAAAGUACCACCAAUUUAAUAAAUAUCAAUAUAAACAGUGGAGGCAAUAUAACUACCAUAGCCACCGGAGAAAAUCAUCAGCCACCUUAUAGUUUACAAGAUGAGGCAACUGCAGGAGCUGCCCUAAUGCAGAGCCAACAGACUGCUGCGAUAGUGGCGCAACAACAGCAGCAUCACCAGCAACAGCAUCAACAAAUGAUUGCUGCUGCCGUAGGCAAUGUUGGUGGUCACAACAACAGCAGCAGCAGCAGUAAUACCAGUCGGGUACACAUAGCCCAAAGUAAUUCGAUAUGUGUGCAAACCAUGACUCCAGUGGUGAGCCAACAGCAACAUCAACACCAACAACAGCAGCAGCAGCAACAGAUGUCCACAAAUCAGCAGCCGUCGACAACACAAAGUGUUCUACAGCCAGCUCAAAUAAUGACAUCCACUUUAACGGCCAACACCUCGACUGCCUCGAUGAGUCGUCAGCAAUCUGGAACACCACAAAAUGUGGCAUCUGCCGGCAACCCCAAUGAUUGUGGCUAUAAAAAUUGUCAUCUGAAUGUAGCCAAUGUGGCCACCAGCACUGUAUCACGCCGUUUGCAUAGACCCUCUGAACCUCCCCUACAACAAUAUGUGGUGGACGUUGAAGUGAAUGUCAGCAAUUCAGGUUCUGGGCGCGGUUACCAUUCACUACCUCCUUGUACAAACGCCUUGGCCACCGAUGUGGAUGGCUCGGCUUCUCCCACCCAAUUUGGCAAUAUUUCGCCAUCGCUAACAGCAGCCAUUUCUACACCAGCCAUAGAUGUUGAAGACUCCAAUGGAGCAAAUGAGCAUUCCUCCUUUGCAGCGGGGCCAAACACGGACAGCCUUAUGCAAAUACCAUCAACGGGUCACAAUACCUUGCCCCUACAACAUUCUCAAUCCAAUAAGGUGUCAAGUUCGUCAGGCGGCAGUUCGGGCAAAACUUCAACAUCCUCCAGCUCAAAGCGUUAUCAUCGGACCAUGCCUCGUUACUAUGCCGUGGCAGAUCCAUUAUCACAGACUAUAAGUGGCAAAACGAAAUCCGAUUCAAAGAUGUCGGCAAACUCUUCGGCGAACAGCAAUGCUUCCUCUUCGACUUCCUCAAAUGCCUCGUCAUCCACCAAGAAGCCAACGUGCCAGUGCCCUGUGCAACAUGUGCCAAUGUCUUAUAUGGGCUCCACACAGCUCAGCAAUGCUCAAAAUGCCACAAAUAAUGCUUUUUUCACUGUCUUGAGCAAUAAAUUGAACUCAAACUCUUCCGCCUCGAAUUCACCUUCGCCUAGUCAGCAUUCGUCGUCGCGUCUGCAAACACACUCCAAUACAAGUUCUAUGAAUUAUCAACAACGAGGCUCAUCAAAGGCUUCGCAAUCGUCGUCCUCGACGGAUAAUAAUGUGAUCAAUUCGGCCAACAACACGAUGAAGCGCUCUUCGAAUUCCAGCCACUGUAACUAUGAGGGAAAGAUUGCCACAAUUUCAUCGGGAGAAUUAACAAGCUCGGCAACGACUCAGCAGCAGCAGCAACAGACACAACAUCAUCACCAUGGCCAUGCUCAUCACCACAGUCAUGGCCACCAUUCGUCAUCUUUGAUGUUGCCACCUCAGCAUCAUGACGAUUCUUCGCCCAUUGUAUUGGGUAGAGUGACAAAACGUAGCUCCAGCAGCAGUGGCGACCGAUUACGCAGUGCCAGUAGUGGCAGUACCCGAACAUCAAUGGUUGACGGUGCCACAAUCACAUCACCGGCCGCCGCCGCAUAUUUGAACAGCAAGGUCGAUGCCUAUUUGAGUUUUGCACAUGGGGCCGUUAGCAGCCACCACCUGAAGGCUUAUCACAAUGAUAUAAUGAAUCCAGCAUUACCACCGAAAUUGCAUAAAAGUUUAACGAAUUUAAAGAGUUCUUCAUCCAACGCAGCGGGCGGCAAUAAUCACCUUCAGCAACAGCAACAACAACAACAACACCAUAACAUUCAGAGCACCAACAAUGGGUUGGCUACAGCUGCAACAACAAACACAAAUACAUCGACACAUCGAAAUUCAACAUCACAUAAAUCGCAUGAUUUGAAUACGAAUUCGAACACUACCUCCGCCAACAAUACAGUGCUGCUAAAUUGUAACAAUUCUAACCUAACUUCUUCCUCCUACUCCGUUAAUCCCAACAACAGCACUCACAGCCCCUCCACAGUAAUAUCACCGUCAUCAUCCUCAUUGGCAACCUCUUCCUAUAACAAUAUGUCAGCAGCAGCUGCCUCUUCGUCUUCAUCUUCCUCCACCACCUCUGUACAAACCAUAUACACUUUAAGUAAGCCCUCCUCCACCUCAGCAAAUACAGCAGCAGCAUCAUCACUUAUUGGCUUGACCGCCAGCAAUACCACCAGUACGUCAUGCACCCCCUCAAAUCAUCGUUCGCUCAAGGAUCAUCAUGAUCACAUAAUGAAAAUACAACCGCCUUCAUUGACACUACCAUUGAGUACCACGUCAACCACAUCAUCGUUUACCAGUUCCACCAGUAAAAUUAACUCUUCAACAUUUUAUCCUUUGCAAAAUAAUGUAACCUAUACGCUGCCAAAGAAUGUGGGAGGUGGUAAGGUGUCCCUGAACAGUACCAUCAAUAGUGUGGUGAGCAAAGUACCUUCCGUCAUAAGUCUGCCACUGCAUGGUACAGAGCAAAAUAAUAAUAACAACAAUUACAAUGGCUAUGGUGGUAGUGGCAACUAUGGUGGUGGUGGUGCUAACGGCUAUAGCACCAAUAUGUUAUCCAGUGAUAGUUCAUACAACAGCCACCAAUAUUUAAAUGAAAUGAAUGGAGUGGGUGGAGUAGGUGUAGGAGGGGCAGGGGUAACGGUAGCUGUGGGCCCCACAGCCACAACUUCAAAGAGCACAACACUGCCAAAGAUAUUGCGCUCAAAACGAGAUGGCCUACAACACAAUGCCACCAGCUCCUCGCUGGCUCCCUCGAAUAUCAAUUGCAAUCCCUCAAAUACUUCGUCCUCUUCCAAUUAUGCGGUUUCGCAGUGCUCCAUGCCAGCCUAUCCCAAACAAUAUGGCAACUCUUCUAAUAAUGGCGGUGCUGGUAGCGCUGGUGGGGCGGGCAACAGCAACACCACCCAUUAUCACCAACAGCAGCAACAACAACAGCAACAGCCAAAUAUUAAUAACAUGCAAACGCAAACAAUAACAUCAACUUUAGCCGCUAAUUAUUGUCCAGAGGAUUCACAUUUGAAUACACAUUCCAAUUCAACUAUAGGCUCCCAUGCCCGUUCCACCUCCCCAUCUGCCUCCUCCAGCACUUUAGCCAAGCAACUGCCUGUAUGCACCACAUCCAAGAAUUGUCUAAAUCCCAAAGAACAUUUUCUACCCAACGAUACCAGUUUGGACGAUGAUUAUCUCAGCGAAUGUGAGAAUUGUAAAAUAGCUCAAAGCUCCAAAUACUAUUUAAAUGCCGAAGCUUUGACUAGCGUCGGCGGUCCCCAAGAGACUAUGACAUUGCAACGUAAAUCAUUGGAGGAAUGCAAGGAGGAGCCAGACACAGGAUAUUAUCGUAUAUCACAUACAUUGCCAACAAAUUCUAAAAAGAAUGCACCAGUAAAAAAUAAUAAUCGUGAUCAAUGGUUUUCAACUAUACCAGCAGCCAGUUCAUCCUCAGAGGAAGAUAUCAAUGAAUGAGAUUUAACACAUUUUCUUUAGUAUUUAAUCAGAUCUUUAGAAGGGAAAUAAGCCAACAAGGAAUCAACAACCACAAUAGGCAAUAAAACAACAAAAACAAAAGCAAACGGAGAAAAUCUUUUCCCCCCCCCCAAAAAAAAAAACUAAAGCCACAUACCAAAGUUCUAUACAAAACAAAAAUAGAUGUUGUUAAUUUAAAAAAAAAAAAACAAAAAGAUGAUCUUAUUUGCAUAACACAACAACAACAACUAAGUAUAAUUAAAUUUAAUUCCAAACAUUAAAAAAAUAGUGAAGCAAAUAGAGAAAGUAUAUGAAUUUUAAAUAUUUCAUAGAAAAAGAAAAGACAUAAACAAAACAAACACUCAGAAUCUCUCACACACACAUACACAUAUAACAGACAAAACAAACCAAAAGUAAAGUUUAAAAACAAAAUGACCGCCAUUAUAAUUAUGAUAAUUAAUAAUUUAAGAAUACAAACCAAAAAGAAGGAAAGGAAAAACAAAGAAGAAAAUUUAAUUGUUACAAUAUACAUAAUAUACAACAACAACUUCAGCAACAGAUGUUCUCAAAAGUUUAAACGUACAUGUAUAAACAAACAAAAUACAGCAAUUCAAGACACACACAAACAAACACAAAAGGAAACGAGCGGAAACGAUCGGUUACGAUAGACAAAACGGUAGUAGAAAAAGAACAAAAAAAAACUAACCAAACACAAAUCACAUUCAGCAUAAAUUAAAAAAGUGUUAAUUUAAAUGUACAAAUUAUAACUGUAUAUUGCAAAAUAAAAACAAAAAGACAUUCUCUUCAAAAAGACACAUAGAAACACACUCACACAGGUACUAUAUAUGCUGUGUUUUAUUUUAGUACCGUACAGCAUAGACAAUAACACCGGUUUUCAGAAAACUAAAUGUCGAUUUAAAAUAGGUUUAUUUGAGAUAUUUUCUUUAUAGAACUGUCAAAUAAUCCUAUGUUAAGGCUUCAUUAAGUUUUGUGAAUAACGCCGUU